AUGGAGCCCUCAGCGGCCAAAGGCAGCAGGACACAGGGGCGCCUGCUGGCCGCCACCAGCCUGGACGCCAAAGACGAGCUGGAGGAGAGGUUGGAACGGUGCGUAGCAAUCACGACAUCCAUCACCAACGGGCUGUCGGAACGAGAAGCCAACGAUGCCCUCACUGCCCACGUGUGUAAGGGUCCUCAGCAGCAUGAGGAAGUGUGCCUUGGCCUAUUCACUCUGCUGCUCACUGAGCCUCCACAAGCACAACGGUGCUACAGGGACCUGACGCUAGUCAACCGAGACGGCAUGAAUGUGGUUCUGAUCAAGAUUAACCAGAUACUCAUGGAGAAGUUCCUCAAACUGCAGGACGUGUGCCGCACACAGUUGGUGUGGUUGGUGAGAGAGUUGGUGAAAAGUGGAGUUAUAGGGGCAGACGGAGUCCUCAUGACCCUCAUGAAGCAGAUUGCUGGAGGUGACAUUUCCAGCAAAAACCUGUGGCUGGCUGAAAAUGUGUUGGACAUCUUGGUGGAACAAAGGGAAUGGGUGUUGAAAAGCGGAAUGCUGGUGGCUAUGUCUGUCUACACAUACCUGCGGCUCAUAGUGGAUCAUGGGACCCCGAGCCUACUACCGCUCCGCCAGAGAGAGGUGGACUUCUGCGUGGGUCUCCUGCGAGAGAGGUUCAUGGAGUGUUUUAUCAUCGGGAGAGAUCUGGUUAGACUGUUACAGAAUGUGGCUCGUAUUCCUGAGAUGGAACUACUGUGGCGAGACCUGCUGCACAACCCUCAGACCCUCAGCCCGCAAUUUACAGGUUUAUUGCAGCUCCUCACCUCUCGUACAUCCCGUAAAUUCCUGGCCUGCCGCCUCACCCCAGAUAUGGAGACCAAACUACUGUUCAUGACCUCUAGGGUUCGAUUUGGGCAGCAGAAACGCUAUCAGGACUGGUUCCAGAGGCAGUAUCUGUCCACAGCUGAGAGUCAGUCACUGCGCUGCGAUCUCAUCCGCUACAUCUGUGGGGUCGUCCACCCCUCCAAUGAGGUUCUGAGUUCGGACAUCCUGCCCCGCUGGGCCAUCAUCGGCUGGCUGCUAACCACUUGCACGUCUAACGUUGCUGCGUCCAAUGCCAAACUGGCCCUGUUCUAUGACUGGCUCUUCUUCAACCCAGAGAAGGACAGCAUCAUGAAUAUUGAACCAGCUAUCCUGGUGAUGCACCACUCCAUGAAGCCCCAUCCAGCCAUUACUGCCACGCUGCUGGACUUCAUGUGUCGAAUUAUCCCUCACUUUUUUCCACCACUGGAGGUUCAAGUGCGCCAGGGCGUCUUCAACUCUCUUAACUUUAUCAUGGAGAAGAGAGUGCUGGCUCACUUGGCUCCGCUGUUCGACAACCCUAAACUGGACCGCGAGUUGCGCUCCAUGCUGAGAGAACGCUUCCCUGAGUUCUGCAGCUCCCCGUCCCCUCCGACAGAAGUGAAAAUGGAAGAGUCCGUUCCCAUGGAGAUGGACAACCAUGUGCUGGAUAAAGAGGACGGUUGUUAUGACAACACAGACGCUACCUUUAGUGAUGAUGAGGAGGAGUUGAACAAUAAGGGUAAAAAACGUGAGUUCAGGUUCCACCAGAUCAAGGAGACUUUUAUAGAUGAACCAGCUGAUAUCACGCCAUAUGUAGACCAACUGGAUGAGACGCUGAAGGAGAAAGUGUUACAGUUGCAGAAGAGCAGCGACACAGAGACACAGUGUGAGGUCAUGCAGGAGAUAGUGGACCUCAUUUUGGAGGAGGACUUUGAGUCAGAGCAGAUGUCAGCUCUGGCCUCCUGUCUGUCUGAGCUGUUCAAAAGCCACUUCAGAGGAGAUGUUCUGCCUGAGGAAAUCACUGAAGAGUCCCUGGAGGAGUCUGUAUGUAAGCCAGUGUGUCUGAUCUUCAGAAACCUGUGUCAGAUGCAGGAGGAUAACAGCGGCUUCUCUGUUCUGCUGGACAUGCUCGCUGAGCUCUACCAGAAGCAGCCCAAAAUUGGCUAUCACCUCCUCUACUACCUCAAAGCCAGUAAAGCGGCAGCGGGAAAGAUGAGUUUAUAUGAGUCGUUUGCCCAGGCCACAGCGCUGGGUGACCUUCAUACCUGCCUAAUGAUGGACAUGAAGGCCUGCCAGGAGGACGACGUGAGGCUGCUCUGUUACCUCACACCCUCCAUCUACUCAGAGUUCCCAGAUGAGACUCUACGCAGUGGGGAGCUUUUAAAUAUGAUAGUGGCGGUCAUUGACUCCACACAGCUUCAGGAGCUGAUGUGUCAUGUAAUGAUGGGUAAUCUGGUGAUGUUCCGCAAAGACUCUGUGCUCAACAUUCUCAUUCAGUCACUGGAUUGGGAGACGUUUGAGCAGUAUAGCACAUGGCAGCUGUUCCUGGCCCACAGUAUCCCACUGGAAACCAUUAUCCCCAUCCUACAGCACCUCAAAUACAAAGAGCAUCCAGAAGCUCUCUCCUGCUUGCUGCUGCAACUUCGCAGAGAGAAUCCCAGUGAGGAGAUGGUGAAGAUGGUUCUAAGUCGGCCGUGUCACCAGGAGGACCAGUUUACCACCAGCAUCCUGCGGCACUGGGCGGCCAAACACGACGACCUGCUGGCAGAACACAUAAAGGCCCUGCUAAUCAAGAACAACAACAUGCCCCGCAAACGGCAGAGCUUGCGGAGCUCCAGCAGCAAAUUAGCCCAGCUGACCCUAGAGCAGAUGUUGGAGCAUUUGGACUGUCUGAGACUCAGCCUCAACAACACCAAGAAUAACUUCUUUUCCCAGACACCCAUUCUGCAGGCCCUGCAGCAUGUUCAAGCCAGCUGUGACGAAGCCCAUAAGAUGAGGUUCAGCGAUCUCUUCUCUUUGGCUGAAGAAUAUGAGGACUCCUCAAAGCCUCCCAAAUCUCGGCGCAAAGCACCAGCCUCCUCGCCCCGAUCGCGAAAAGGUGCUGCUGCCCCGCCAGCCAAUAACGAGGAUGACAGCGCCUCCUCUAGCGCCUCAGAGGAAGAGGACUCCAAACCCAAAGCCCCCAAGAGGAAAAGAAAAGGCUCGUCUGCAGUGGGCUCCGACAGUGACUGAGAGGAAACGGCCAAUCUCUACAAGCCCUACCCACAACAUCCCCAUAUUCAUGCCCAUUCUUCUGUUGUGAUGUCACUGGAGAACAAACCACCAGCCGAUCCUCUGCUCCAACCACUUAGGGCAUCCAGCCCAUUCGUUAAAGGGGGAACUCUCUCUUUCUGGGACUCAAAUGCCGCUGGCUGGAGCCGGGAGACGCGCCCUCUCUUUUUCCUCAGCACAAGUCUCAUUGGCUGAUUUGGGCUUGGGGGGAUGUGAUUGGGUUUGCGGGGCUCACAGGAUGGGCUAAACCUUGGAACUAUGACUGGCACGGACUGACAGAACCACAACCGUACGGACAGCCUUACAGACAGAAUCAUAUCCAGGAGUCACACUUAGUGUUGCUGUACUUACUGGCUCCCCUACUAUGAUUCAGCACUCAUGCUGUGUUCGAAUGGAAUGACGAAUCUCCCAAACCGUUGCUAAUGGAAGUAAAAUCCUUGCUCCAUGAGGUCAAGCAGAAGGAUGAUUUUACAGUAUUCGCAGUGAAAGUUUGUGUUGGAAAAACUGCAACUUAAAAACGGCAAGUACUCCAGUCCUCGAAGACGUAUUUUAUCAUUUGAUGAUGAACGGUCAUUUGCUUUGUCCCUUAUGAAUCCCUCUUAUUCCUGAUUGGGUGUCGUGGCCCACUGGAGACGGGGCCAGGGAUUUUGCAGGGAGGAAGACACUCCUCCUCAGUGAAUUUUUACCACGUUUGCACUGCACACAGGUGCAGAAAUUGGACUGUACAAAUGGAAGACUUCUGACAUGUUGACAGACUUUUUAAGAAAAUUGCUUUCUACUGACCUAUUUUCAUAAAAAAGAUCAUAACUAUGUAAAGGAUUAUGAUAUUAAUAAAAAAGGCGGGAAAAAAAAAAGCUUUUUGGUUUAUCACCUCUCCAGGUUCCUUAGGGAACCG